AUGGGCUUCAAGAAGGGCCGCGCGGCGCGCGCGCAAGGGGCCAAGGUCUCGUUGAGGACGGAAGGCUCCCGUGUGAUCUACGAGGCUGCGAACGGGUUCACCUAUCGCAUCGAUGUGCUGGACAUGGUUCAGGUGAACACCUCCAAGGGUAGCAGGCGGAACGUGUACCGCCACCAGGGUCAUGGGAAGAAUUGGUGCAUGUGGCAGUACGAGCUGGAGCGCGCCGAGGGCCGCAACUACACGCACUCCAAGAUGACCCUGGUGCAGUACCCCAAGGAGGUCUGCAUCGCCCUGGAGAGCUGCUUCCGCGCCGCGCGGGCGGAGCUGCGGCAGGCGGAGAUCGAGGGCCCCCAGGCGGUGGACCGACAGCGCGCGGAGAACGAGUGGCGGGUGCAGCUGGCGGAUCUGCAGAGCAAGCAGCUGCGUGACGUCUUCCUUGUUGCUGCGGACGCCAAAUCUGCAGCAGAGGACCAGUCUGCGACUCUGGCAGCAGAGGCGGCCAAAGAUGCUGCGCUGCGGGAGGUUCUGCUGGAGCUGGCGCUGCGGCAAACGAAGUGGCCCUGCGCCUUCGUGGCAGAGACUUUGCGCUGGCUCCAGCGGCGGGGGCUCCAUUUGGAGCAAGGCCACGUGCGCAAGGCAGCGCUGUUGCACGGUGGCCUGACGGUGCUGAAGGUGCUGCUCAUUGAGGCAGACGUGCAGGUCGUGGGUCUUGAGCUGCUGGUGGAUCACCGCUGCGCCAACCUGGGCCAGAGCACCUCGGGCGGGGGCUGGGUGCAGCGCUGCAAGCCCGCGCUCAAGGCACUCCUUGCGAGGGGCGCCGUGCUGGGCAGCCACUCCUUGCAGUCGAGGCUCCUGAAGCGCCUGGAGGAGGACGGCCAGGCGCUGUGGGUGGCGCGGGCGGUACAGGGCCUCAGGUCUGGGCGCCCGGAGCUGCCGGACCCCGUGCUGGCGCGGAUCGAAGACUUCGCCAGGUUUGGAUUACGACGCUGGUGA